GACCACGACGUCAACGUCGAGGUAUUAAAAUUAUGCUGGUCGCUUAUUUCCCCUAAAACUAAUUCAACCUGACACUAUAACUCUUCAACCCGCCCCCUAAAUUCAACAUUUUAUCUCUCAUCUUGUUUGAAACUGCUUCCUUCCGACACAACCUAGUAGCAGCAACCAUGAACUAUCAACAGGAAGCGCUCCCAGUUCCAGACUUGUCUGGUCAGUCUGUUGGUGAUGGUCGUUUCAAGUUGGUUGAGUUGAUUGGCUUCGGUGCCUCCGGAACUGUCUAUCGCGCUCUCGACACUCAGUCAGACCCAUGUGAUCCUGUAUACUAUGCCAUCAAGUGCUUGCUAAACACGGAACUCUCCCGAGAUAGUCUUGUGUGGCAGAAACGGGAGAUCGCAUGUCACUGGUUGGUAUCCAGGUCGUCGUCACCACAUAUAUGCAAGCUUCACCAAAUCAUUGAAGAGGGACUAUACAUAUAUUUCGUACUCGACUACUGCCCUGGUGGUGACCUCUUUGCGGCCAUCAAGUUGCGAACGUAUGAGGGUAAUGUCCCGCUCAUUAAGAAGGUAUUCAUUGAGCUUCUCGAUGGCGUACAAGCCUGUCAUUCCAUUGGCGUAUAUCACCGUGAUUUGAAACCAGAGAACAUUCUCUGUGUCGAGCCAGGGUUGGGCGUCCGUAUUGCAGAUUUUGGACUGUCGACCACCAAACUUAUCAGUCGAGAAUUCAACGUAGGCAGUUGGGAUUACUUGAGUCCUGAAUGUAACUUUGAGACGGGGAGCCCUCAUUACUCGUCGCUUCACUCGGACAUCUGGUCGUUGGGUGUUAUUCUUGUGAACAUGGUCUCGGGUCGUUCUCCUUGGGGACCCGCGACGCCUUCAGAUCAAAAUUUUCAGAAAUAUAUUAACAACCCUAACUUCCUUCUUGAGGUCCUUCCUAUUUCAAGAUCUUUCAAUGAAAUCCUCAAGCGAAUAUUUCACCUACGAGAAUCUGCACGGAUUAGCCUUACGAGGCUCAGAGAAGAGAUCAUAAACCUUGAUACCUUCUACCCCAGCGAAGCCGAGUUCUACAACGCCUCAGAGAACGCACGAGAACCCACUCGCAAGUAUACUACGUACUCCCCACAUCAAGCCAUGGCUGGCUACACAUGUGUUGAAGUUUCCUGCUGGUCAUCAUACUCUUCUGCUGAUAACAGAGCCCCGCAGCCUCAGUGGGAUCACCGCAGUUCUGCACCAGCAGUCCAACGGCCUGGCGACAUUACCGGAGUUGAGAGGACGUCCUCACAUCUUCGCAUAUACGAUGGCGGUCAAUCUUUGGCUCCCCUAUCUCGAUGUUCUACGUGUUCUGUUUCUGAGAGCGAAAGAUCCAUUACUCCGGAAACUCACCUCCAUGAGCCUAUGAUACACUCGUCCGACCUAAAAGGGCUUAUGUUCUAUUCUCUACCUCCUCCCUCAUAUAUUCAUCCAAGUUAUUUCUGCGAGAUUUGUCUGCCAUCAUUUUCCCCGAAAACAGGGAUGGACUUUGACAUUUCAAAUUGCGUGGAUACUGGGGGAAGGAUGCAGACAGUCUCGACGAUAUAAGGGUUGUAGCGGGAGAACUUCCAAUAUUUAUUACCAUUCGUUAAGAUAGAAGCUGUAUUGAAUACGCUACACUUGUCUCUUUAAUCGUGACUUACUUCGAAACCC